AUGUUGGUAAAUCUGAAAUAUCUGAACUUGGAGCAUAAUUUCAAGCUAAAUAGGAUUCCAAGGGGAGUCAUAUCUAGUUUAUCAUCAUUGCAAGUUUUGGAAAUGUACGACGUUGGUAUUUUUGAGGUCCAAAAAGGGGAAGAAAAUAUAUUAAGGGAAGAUAAUAUGCUAGUAGAGGAGUUACAAUGUUUGGAACACUUGAAUGAACUGAGCAGCACAGUAACAAGUGUCUCAGGCCUCCGGUGUUAUGUCAACACUCACACAUUACUCAACUGUACUCGAGCUCUAAGCCUUCAAUUGUUUCCAGGUCCACAAUCUCUCAACAUUUUGUGGUUAGCAAAUAUGAAGAAUCUAGGAUUUAUAAAUAUAGUUGGUCGAAGUGAUUUAGGAGAGCCGGGAGUUGUUGUUGUAAUGGAAGAGAUAGAAACACAUGAUGAUGCAGGUGGAGGUCUAGGCAACUCAAUGAUCUCAAGGGAGACAUGCUUUAAUAGCCUUAAUACAUUGAUUUUAAGGGGAAGCCUCAGAUUGAAGGAUCUGACAUGGAUUAUUCUAGCUCCAAAUUUGACGCAUUUGUUUGUGGGCCAGAACAAGCAUAUAGAAGAGAUAAUAAGUGUUGAAAAGUUAGAUGAUGUUCAAGUUGGGGAUGAAAAUUUCAAUCCAUUUUUUAAACUCGAAUAUCUCAUCUUGGAUAUAUUACCAGAAUUGAAAAGCAUUUAUCCCAAAGCCUUGUCCUUUCCCUCUCUAGAAAGAAUCGAAGUAAAUGAAUGCCGACAGCUUAAGAAGCUGCCAUUAAACUCGAGCAGCGCAAAUGGAGGCAAAGUUGAGAUUAAAGCAGAGGAACGAUGGUGGAAAGAUGUUGAAUGGGAGGAUGAUUCUACUAAAACUACCUUUCUACCGUGCUUUGUGCCUUAUCGCCGUCGGUAUUGA